AUGCCCGCGCGGCAUGAUCGCAGCGCUCCGGUCUUCAAAAAUACCAACGACCUGCCUGGCUAUCUCGACGAGCUCGAACGUCUCUUCAGCGAACACGGCAUCACCGGCGAGCGCGAGAUGAUCAAUGCCUCGCUGCGCUACCUCCCGUACAACGAGUCACGCGUCUGGAAGUUGGUUGGCGCAUUUACGGAUCAAACCAAGACGUGGGCCGAAUUCAAAGAAGAGGUUAUCAAGCUAUACCCUGGUGCCGCGAUCGAAGGCCAGACUACUAGGGGCGACUUGGAGGCCCUCGUCACAGCACGGGCUGCCUCCGUGAUCGCUACUCGUGCGGAACUCGGUGAAUACAAUCGACGGUUUAAGGUUCUCGCCGAUGACUUGCUCCGCAAACACGGCGGCAAGAUCUUCUCCGAUAACGAGGCUAACUAUGCGUACCUGCGUGGUUUCGCCGCCGGCGAGCUCCGUAAAUCUCUCAUCAUGCGACUCACUCUCACCAUCCCCGAUCACGACAGCGAGCUUGCUUACGACCGGGCGAAGGUGUUCUCCGAGGCCGACGCGAUUCUGUCGGGCCAUCAUCAUGAUCAUCCAUCGGCGCACCGCCUCCAGAAGUUGCGCGUCCUGCGCCCGCUCAUCUCCAACCAGCUUGAGGCCGAAUGUGUCAUCGACUCCGGUUCAGAAGGGGUCAUGAUGCGCAAGGAUAUCUGGGCAGCGAUUGGCCUACCACUCUAUCUCGAUGACACUAUCAGUAUCACGGCUGCAAACUCUACAUCUACACGCACUCUGGGUGGCUUGCGCAACGUCUUGUUCAACAUCGGCGGGAUGGAGGUUUAUUUGCAGGUCCAGGUCAUCGAAGACGCACCCUGGGAGGUCUUGCUCGGGCGCUCGUUCUUUACUCACACAGCUUGCGUAACAAAGGACUCGCCGGAUGGAUCGUCGGUACUAACACUCACACACCCAGAAACUGGCGAGCGCGUUCUAGUUCCGACGCUCGAACGUCCCGCCCGACACUCUCCCCGCAAGCAGCAGGGUUUUCCGUGA